AUGCGGAGUAGGGAGAAUCUCAGUGUUGGUGUGGCUGGAGCAAGACGGCCGAUGAGGACGAGUAAGGAUGGGAUAAAUUCGAUGAGGGUGUUGGGGAGGAGGGGCAUGGCCGGGACAAGUAACGGAGGUGGGGAAACGACGACUGGCGCCAAAGUGGAGGAGAUGGUGGUCAAACAGCGGACGAGACGCGGGGAAUCGACUGUAUGGACCGUUAUGGCGAUGCAGCGGGGCUCGACACAGGGGCCAGGACAGCAGCCUGAAUGGCGGGUCGCCAAAAAGGUAGUCGACACCUCCCACCCCUCCGCCGACCCAUCAAACAUCCCAUUACCCGCCAGCCCCCAAACCACCACCAACAUCCUCCACACCGCCUACCUCCAGACCCGCGAAAAGCUCGCCAUCGCCUUCCUCCCAAAGGGCUACCCGCACUCCAUCACCCCCGACUACACCCCCUACACCCUCUAUUCCUUCCUCCACUCCGUCACGGGAACCCUGACGGGCACCCUCUCCACCCAAGCCCUCCUCCUCGCCCUCGGCAUGUCCGCCUCCACCUCCGCCGGCUUGGCCGCGACAACCAACUGGAUCAUCAAAGACGGGUUCGGACUCCUCGGGGGUGUGGUGUACGCCGCGCUCACGGCGAACAGGUUUGACAGUAGCCCGAAGCGGUACCGGUUCCUCGCGGCGGUCAGUAUCCAACUAGCCACCAUCGCGGAGCUGCUCACCCCUUUAGUCCCUCACCUCUUCAUCCCCUUGGCCGGGUUAUCCAACAUCUGCAAGAACAUCGGCUGGCUCGCCGCCUCCGCCACAAAAGCCUCCAUGCACAAAGGGUUCACCCGCGAAGACAACCUGGGCGACGUGACAGCAAAAGCGGGUGCGCAGGCCACUGCUGCCGGAUUGGUGGGGACGGGCGGCGGGGUGUUGUUGAGUUGGUGUGUGGGCACGGAGGUGGGGAAUCUGAUGGGGGUUUUUGUGCCGCUCUGUGCGGUGAAUCUGUGGUGUGCGUAUAGGGCGAAUGAGAGUGUGGUUACAAGGAGUAUCAAUUUGGAGAGGGGGGAGGGGAUCGUCAGCGGGUGGUUGAGGGGGAUGGGGGGCGACCUUACGAGCCGCGUGAGCCCCACGGGCCUUGAGACGAACGGCGGCGGGACGAUGGAUACGGGAUCGAAGCAAGAACGUGGGAGCCGGAUCCUUCCGACCCCGCAACAGAUCUCGCCGACCGAACACUUCAUCUACGCCUACAGAUCCGUUUUCCCCGUCCCUCUCGCGUUGGAACCGUCACUCAAACGCCGACUCGAUGUAUUCACCACCCACCAACAAUGGGAACGCUUUCUCAGCGGGGAGACGACGUUCGGGCGUUCGAGGACCGCCGCGAGCGAAGCGCAGAUACCCAGUGAGAAUUAUCGCCUCCUCAUCGCCCCCGGCCCGGCCUCGCGUGCGCGGUCCUACAUCCCGCGCAUCCUCCACAGCCUAUGGAAACCCAACGAAAAUGGAACCGGUACACGAACGACGAAAGAGGGUAUACCCGACGUCCACGUCUGCUGCUGGUACACGGAACACGCGACCGCGGAGGAUAUCCUGAAAGGGUUCUACCAUGCGUGUGUUGUGCGCGCUCUUGUCGCUCAGGAGCCCCAACCUCGCGAUGUCGACACGAUACAGGGGUACGACGGGGUGGUGGUGGAAGCGUACCAGUUCGUGGAAGAGACGUUUGAGGAUUUCAUGGCGAGUUUGAAGGGGGCGGGGUGGGACGUGGGCUUUACGCAUUUGGGGGAUCGGAAUGCGCGGUUGAGGAUUGGGUGA